AUGUCGAAGAAAGCGCCGAGGCCGCCGGGCUCGCCGGAGCCGGCGCCGCUGGAGCGGCGGAACCUGCUGGACGUGCUGCGGGAGCGGCAGCAGCGCGCCGGCCAGGGCCGGUUCCCGCUCCACAGGUUGUUGUUGGUGGCCCGGCCGGGCGACGGGGCGGCGGCCGAGGAGGUGGAAGAUUCCCAUGGUAGCAGUGCUUUCAUGUUUCUUCUGAAUAAUAAAAGUAUAAUCUGUGAAUCUUCUGCCUGUGGCAGCAGAGAACACUGACCAGACCACACAACACGAACCUGCAGCAACUAGCCGCAUAAGCUGUUUGACAAACUGCCAGUUUUCCUUUUGAAACAAGGUUAUCACAGAGCAUUGUUUGAGAAGGCGUUAGAAUACCACUCAGGAGAACAAGUCUCAGGUCUGCUACUGCUCUGUUCCAGCUAUAUUUGUCAUGUAGUAGAGUCUUGCAGUAGCACAAUCCAUCUCAUCAUCCGAGAUUUAGCUUCUCUCCAAAAGCAAGGUCCUAAGAUGGAAUUCACUCUCUUUCCACGCAGUGCUUUACUCCAGGAAAUUAAAGUUUUAGUGGUGGCACAUAACAUCCCCACCAGACUGUUCCCAGACUGGUAUGUGGCAAUGGCGACGUCUCCCAUGACAUGUCCACAAGGCUUGACGCAAUCAGAGUCUACGGCAGAGGUGGUGGCAGAGUGCCUUACCCGCCUACUCAAACUGGCAGCCUGCAUUCAGCGUUUGGAGGAUGACAGCGAGGAUACCAAUGAGAACAUACACACUUUUGAACCCGAGCUGCUAAUCCCGGCAGAGAUGAUUAACUGUUUGUGCAAUGGUGAAGAAUGUGUAAGUCCAGAAGAUUUCGUGAGACUUUAUUUAAGCCCUUCACAGCCUACCCUAGAUUCAGAAACUGUAUGGCCUGUUCCGUCUCAUUUCUCUGUAUGA